UUGACAACGUUUUAAAUGCCCUGUAUUAAAGAACAUUUAGCCACAUGCGAACGGACUGUACGAGACGUUUCUCUAAAGAAGUGAGUCUUCCGUGGUAGGCUACUCUUGGAGACCUCUGAAUGUCAUGGCCUCUGUAGGACUGGUGGGGAACACGGCAAAUGAAGAUGGGGCUGUGGAUGAUUCCACAGGGGAAUUUGACUGCCCCAUUUGCCAAGAUGUCCUGAAGACCCCUAUAAGGACAAGGAGCUGCCGACAUGUGUUCUGCAGGAGCUGUUUCAAGACGGCAGUGAGGACCCAGGGCCCGCACUGCCCCAUGUGCCGAGGGCCCGUAUCGGAGCGGGAGAAGACAGCACAGGACAUUGUGCAGAAGAUGAGAGAGACCAGGGGCCCGUGCAGGGCCUGUGGAACUUUGAGUUUGCUCAGUAGGAUGAGGAGUCACUACAAACACUGCAGGGAAUACAUGGAGGAGUACGGCCCACCCUCCGAUGCCCAGAGCAUGCUGGGAAACCAGCAGGAUAGGGCCAAUGACAGCGCACAGACCCCGCCCUCCGCCAGGAUUUACCCUGUCCAUGUACAGCAUCCAUCAUCUGUGAUUGGCAGCUCGACAGCUGUGUAUUCUUGCCCAUACUGCCAGCAGCAGGGUUUUUCUGACAUGGCCUUGGCUCAGCACUGCAUAGGAAGCCACGCUGGUGACCCCUCUCGUGUGGUGUGUCCUAUCUGUGUCGCCACGUCUUGGGGUGACCCCAACUACUGCAGCAGAAACUUCAUUGGGCACUUAACGGCCCGACACAGAUUUAGCUAUGACAUUUACAUGAAUGUACGUGAGGACGAGGACACCCAGCUGCACCUGGCAAUCCAACAGUCGAUUCUGCAGGCAUGUGAAAGGAGAAUAACUCGUUGAGACCUUCAGCUUCGUUCAAAAGAGUUCAUACCGCAAUCACGCUUAGCUUUAAAUUAGAGAGGUGUGUGGAAAAAAAAUAUAUAACCAUAUGAAUGUCAGUUUAUUUCUCCUUAAUGU